GAAGGACACUCAUAUGCUGAUGUUUACAGACAGCACACUCCCUCUGCAGCAAACAGCAGGCUGUUUCCAUCAUGUCAGCGGACAAACUGGGGCUGGAACUGCUCCCUCUGAAGUCUGACCGCAAUCACUGACCAGUGCACUUGGGAAUAAUUCGCCGAAUUUAAGUAACAAUCCAGAAAACAGGACACAGGAGAAAUGGCGGCAGCAGAUAUCCGCCCCUUUGCUUUGUGGGUCAUCACAUUCUUCCCGUCCGUCCUCUGCUGCCCUGAGCACUGCACCUGCUCGGACAAACACAGUCGCCACUUUGCUGACUGCUCCUACAAAUACUUAAGCAAGGUCCCCGAUGGUUUGCCUCCCAACGUGAUGACCUUGAGUCUCUCUGGUAACCAGAUCACCAUGAUCCCGCUGGGCAGCUUUGAUAACGUUACCAAUGUGACCUCCCUGUGGAUGGCAAACAACGACAUAGCCUACGUUGAAGAUGGGAGCCUCGCAUCAUUGGUUCAUCUUCGUAACUUCGACAUAAGCCAUAAUGAGAUGGUAGACUUCCCCUGGGGGGAUCUGAGGAACCUGAUGGCUCUGGAGCUGCUGAAGAUGAACCACAACAAGCUGUCCCACCUCCCCGGGGACGCCCUCUCCAACCUCAAGAACCUGAGGUCCCUCAGGAUUAACAAUAACCGAUUGACAACCAUAGCUGAGGGGACAUUUGAGGGUUUGGUGUCUUUGUCGCACUUACAGAUCUUUAGCAAUCCCUUCGUCUGCACCUGCAGCUUGGACUGGCUCAGGGACUGGAUCUCCACAACCACCAUCUCAGUUCCAGAUCAGAGCUUGAUCACUUGUGCAGCUCCCAAGGAGCUUAAAGGUGAAGCCAUUACAAAAUCCAAGUGCAUGAGCCUAAAUGUCAAAAUACUGACUGAGCCACAUGUUACCAACAUGGUUUUCCGUGAGAAGACCAAAUUAAAUUUGACCUGUGAGUUCAGAGGAAACCCAAAACCACUGGUGGUGUGGAAAACUCCCAGCAGAGGCCAAAAACACGAGGUGUCUCUGUCUGACGCUGAAGACCGCUCUGCAGAAUCUGAUGAAGGUUCUGACUACUUUAAAGUGUUUAAUAACGGCACCCUCCUCAUUUCAAGCCUCAGAGAAGAGGACGGAGGGGACUACACCUGCUCUGCAACAAACGGCGCAGGCAGAGCUGAAGAUUCGGUGUCUGUUAAGGUGAUUGCACGUCCAAAACCAAAACCAACACCAGUCAAACUGCUGACCACCAUGUUCCCUUCAACUCAAACCAACCCUUCGAUGCACCAACAGCCAAAGAGAAAAUCAGUUUUUGAUUCUCUGCAUCUUCCAGAUUUAAAAAGAAAAGACCCUUUGACUGAUGAACCCACCGUUCUGCCGACUGCAGACAUCAAUCUUAAAUUUUACGAGGACGCGACGAGACAUCCGACACACUUAAGCAAAUGCGGCUUAACUGCAAACACAAAAAACAUCUCCAGCCAUGUCCUGAAUGCCAGCCUGGACUACAUGAAGCAGUACACGUUCGACUAUGGCGUCAUUGCCCUGGGCGUGUCAGAAACGGAGGCCACAGUGCGCCUCAAUCCUCUACUCAUACCCAAAGACAGGAGCCCCAACCGGGCCAAGAGCCCCCAGAGCGACAGCGAGGAGAACUCCGGCUUCCCGGAUUCCCAGGAGAAGGACCACUCGAGCGGUUUGUAUCUGUGCAACGCUGGAGACAACAGGCACUCGGCCGUGCAGUGGUCCCAGAUCAAAGAAGGCGUCAACACGUACCUGUUCAGUGGUUUACAGCCUGGCACAAACUACUCUCUGUGUCUGAACUACAGAGGGGAGGACUGUGAGGUCCAGGUGCUGUUUGCCACCAGACGGAGGGUACCCAACCUGCUCAUCAUCAUCUCCGUCAGCAUCUGCCUGCUCACCGUGUCCACCGUGCCUCUGCUGGGAGCCACGUGCUACCACCUGGUCUACAAAUACCGCAACAAGACCUACAAGCUGAUCCUGAAGGCCAAAGGCCAGUACCACCUGGAGAGGAACCUGGCCGCCAACCUGAGCAUGCACGCGCACAUCACCGAGUCUCAGAGGAAGAUAAAUGAGGACGACACGAGCGUAGACGACGGCGAGAGAGAGGCGGACACAGAGGAAAGUGUCGUUACGGAGUCUUUCACUUGCAAGGGAAACAUGGAGGACUGUGAGAUGGGAUCUGAGUAUAGCGACAGGCUGCCUUUGGGGGCUGAAGCCGGGAAUAUCACCAGCAACUACAAAUAUCCUGAUGACUAGUCUGCAAAUGUGCUUUGAGCCGGAUCAGUAUUUUUUCUCAUCUGUAACCUGCUGUUUGGUUUCUAUUGCCCCUAGGAGGUUCUGCUAGCCUUCACAUUCAUCUGACAUGGAUCAUAAUAAAUUCAACAGCUUUUAGGCAGAACUCCAGCGGCUAACAUCUGUGCCGGAUCAGAUACUUUAGAAGCCUAAUAAAACAAUCUGAUCUAAGCUUAAACUUUUAUGUUAAAGUAGGUUCAAUGUAAAUAAACGGAUUUAUGUGAUUUUCUAGUACAAUGUUGUUGUAAAACGUCACCAAAGCAGUUGAUUUUGUGUGAAAUGCAUUGAUUUGCUUUUUUUAUAUCUUGAAGCAGCUCUCAUGUUUCACAAGUAAUGAUGCUGCUUCAGCCAGAAGAUCAACAGAUCAGGGCAAAGACUGCAAACAGCAAUUACCCGACAACAGUGUUGUAGUACUCGAGUCCGAGACUCGAACUCAAGUCCGAGUCAUUAGCUAAAUUUAGAGACUCGUGACU